AUGUUAAACUGUGGGUCUAGUGUAUUACAAAAGUCUGUUUUGCCAAGAAUUGAUUUUUUUAAAUGUAAGUUAAAUACACAAUUGUGUCAUUUGCGAUGCACAUUCUCCACGUUUACCACUGCAACGUUGACCAAAAGGAUAAUAACGCCAGAAUUCUUAGCUACGCAAUCGCACAAAGGAGAUACUGUGAUAUAUGUAUCUGAUAACAAUGCAAUUUUCAGUGAACCUGAAAUCAAAUCUCGAUACUGUACUACAAAUACCAAACUUCUGUUUACAAACAUAAAGAAUGUUGAUCAAAGAGUAGUUAGUCGCUACGAAAUUAGCACUCUGCCCGCAAUUUUUCAACUUAAAAAUGGAGUCGUGUUAUGUGCAACCGAUGCGUACACAGAAUCUGAUGUUAUUCAAAAAAAUGAUAAAUUGGCACAACAUGUUGAGACGUUAAAAUUGCGUAUUCACAAUAUCAAUAGUGAUUUAGAGGUUAUUUUGGCAGAAUUGGUGGGGUUAAUUCGUGAUUACGGUGUGCUGUUUAAUACUCGAAUUGAAUUGGUACAGGUCUCAGCGUCUGCGGCAAUCGCAUUUUCCGACAUUCCCAGUCGCACAUUUGAUCAAUUGAAUGCUCUGUUAAAUAGUGGAAACCCCGUAUCAUUGAACAAUGAAAUUGAUUUGCUUGUGGAUUCCUUAUUUUAUGGUGACAACAUAGCACAACGGUUGAGUAAAAUAACCAUGCCUGACACCAGUAAUUACUCUGAACCCCAAUACAAAGCCAGAAUAUAUCGUGCCAUAUCUUCCAGAUAUUUUAGAGAAGGCAGCAAUAAAAUGGCGUUGGAAUACGCUUAUAAAUCACUUCAAUUGGAUAUAGAGUAUCAAAAUUCAAUGAUUAACUGUGAAAAUGUUAUGAAAGGGGACCCUUAUAAUAUUGAUAUUUACAGUGACUCCGUUGCCACUAUUUUUAUUAAACACUUAAUAAUGGCCAUUGGAAACAGUAGUGAAGUUUUGGAUAUUAGGUCAAAAAUUGAAUUUAUGUUCAGAGAUACUAGAUAUGUUCCGCUUAAAAAUAAACCCAAGAGCCAUCCUCCCGGUGGGCCUCCUAUGAAGGGCAGAGGCUACAGGGCCAAGUGGAUAUGGCACGGCUUGGAUUAUAGGCCUAGAAAGUAUAAGCCCCGAAAUAUAUACAAAUAUCACGAUGAAUGGCGUACCAUUCAUGAUGAACCCGUUAUAAACUAUUAG